UUUCAGCCGGGCAGCUGGCUGGUGUCGCUGACAGCAGGGAUGGUCAGCAGCAUCUUUGUUGUCCUUGCCAUGACACCCUUCGAUGUAAUCAGUACCAGACUCUACAACCAACCCGUGGACCACAAAGGAAAGGGCAUGAUCUACGGAGGGUACCUGGAUUGCUUUGCAAGAACCAUAAAGAAAGAGGGUCUGAAUGGCCUGUACAAAGGCACCGGGGCUUCCUACUUUCGAUUAGGCCCCCACACCAUCCUCAGCCUCUUCUUCUGGGAUGAAAUUCGCAAGUAUUACUGGAAGGAGAAGCAUGCUGGACAAAGGCACUCGUCUGAACAGCUGUAGCUAGAGGGCGCAGUGUCUCCGUACUCAGAGCUCCACUCAAUCUCCCUCUGUCUCUUUCUCCUGACCAUUGUUCAGUCCCCCAAGGCCUACUCACUCAGUGAACAUGGCCAGGAGGUGUGGAAUGGAGGGAAAAGUGAGUGAUGCUGACUCUGAAUGUCUCACACUCUGAUAGAUUACCGAAUGGAAACCUGUAAAUGAACCCAGUGGAUGCUCCUCGGAAUGAAAUAAGAAUGGAUCCUUUAAAAGUAUGAGAUAUCUUUGGCACAUGGCAGGAGUGAACAGCGGCAGGGGUGAAGGGGCAGGGUUGGAUGGGUCAGGAAUGGGAGCCAGUACUGCUGUUUGUUUUUUUUCCUGCACUUUUAAACCAAUCUCAUGCCUAAGUUUUCAACACUAUGCUCCACACAAACCAUUCCUCAAACCAAAUUGGGUCUUUAAUAGGACUGUGCUGCAGGGGAGG